CGUUCUCCGCCGCGCGUGCGCAAGGACGGUUGGCGGUACGGCCUUUACGCCGGCUCCCGGAGCCGUUCUAGAAAUUUCUGGGGCCCUGCUUCUUCCCACACCCGAUGGCCUGAUGCAAAAAGAGCACCGACGAGAAGAGGUGGACGCAACUUCUUUUGGGAGCUAACGUUUUCGCCGAACACGCCAUGCAGAAUUAGCGGUGUGAAUGUGUAGACCUGAGUACACUCCGGCGGGGUGUGUAUUGUGCGGUGAAACUUUGCUGUUCGUAGUUGUCACGUUUCCAGAGCGGAGCGGUUUUCUGUGAACAUGAUUUGUACCUUUUUACGAGCUGUACAGUGUGCGGAGAAGCUGCGCAGGUCCUCCGGGAAGCGGCUGUUUCUGCCACACUUAGUGCUUAACAAAGCUUGCUUGAAGACUGCGCCCACUUUGAGCUGGGGUCUGCGAGAGCCAAAGAAAACGGUGCGCCCUAAAUGUGCCCCUGACGUCACCCAGAAAACCAUCUGGACGCAGGGGCAGAGCCCCCCGAGAGCAAAAGAGGACAGCAGCAAGCAGGUGUCUGUGCACAGAGAGACCGGGGAGACCAUCGUCUCAACGUCACAGAAAGUGAAGGAAGCUGGGAGAGAUUUUACCUACCUGGUGGUGGUUCUUAUUGGAAUCGGCAUCACAGGUGGCCUGUUUUACACGAUUUUCAGAGAACUGUUUUCUUCGUCCAGUCCUAAUAAGAUCUAUGGGAAAGCCUUAGAAAAAUGCAGAUCACAUCCAGAGGUGAUCAGUGUCUUUGGUGAGCCGGUGAAGGGCUACGGGGAGGCGACCCGCCGCGGGCGAAGGCAGCACGUCAGUUUCAUUGAGUACGUCAAGGAUGGGCUGAAACACAUGCGUGUGAAGUUCUACAUCCAGGGCUCCGAGCCUGGGAAGCAAGGAACAGUGCAUCUCGAAGUGAAAGAGAACCCAGAAAGUGGCGAAUAUGAAUUUCGAUACAUAUUUGUUGAACUUGAGUCCUUCCCUGGAAGAACUAUUGUCAUCGAAGACAAUCGAUCCUGAGGGGAUCGCGGGACUCAGGCACGCGCGGCUUCUGGGGGGGGGGGAUGUGGAACCCCGCACACCCGCAGGCUGGUCUCCCCGCUCUCCUCCCGAGUCUGCAGAGUAAGACAGGAAAGAACACACGGCUCAUAAAAGUGAGUGUAAGGGUAGUAAUUGCAUUUAGACACACUGAAGUGGCGAUUUUCCUGUAGACGGCAAAAUCAUGAAAUGGAACGUAUUUUACGUUCUCUCUGAAUCGAUCGUGGACAGUGUUUCUGCUCUAGUGAAAAUCAUCUUUCACGAUAAGAGAUUUUUGUUAUUAAAUGCUUUGUACCAUGUAAAUGAGGAAAA